AUGGCGGCGCCAAAGGGGAACCUUUCUGCUAUACAGUUGAGUACAGAGUCGACGACGAGCUACAGAUUUUCUGUACAAGGUAACCCACGCCACCCUCCCUACAGCCCUCCACCCUACAGCCCUCCAACCUACAGCCCUCCAACCUACAGUCCUCCACCCUACAGUCCUCCACCCUACAGUCCUGCACCCUACAGCCCUCCACCCUACAGCCCUGCACCCUACAGCCCUGCACCCUACAGCCUUCCACCCUACAGCCCUCCACCCUACAGCCCUCCACCCUACAGCCCUCCACCCUACAGCCCUCCACCCUACAACCCUCCACCCUACAGCCCUCCACCCUACAGCCCUCCACCCUACAGCCCACCACCCUACAGCCCUCCAUCCUACAGCCCUCCAUCCUACAGCCCUCCAUCCUACAGCCCUCCACCCUACAGCCCUCCACCCUACAGCCCUCCACCCUACAGUCCUGCACCCUACAGUCCUGCACCCUACAGUCCUGCACCCUACAGUCCUGCACCCUACAGCCCUGCACCCUACAGCCCUGCACCCUACAGCCCUCCACCCUACAGCCCUCCACCCUACAGCCCUCCACCCUACAGCCCUCCACCCUACAGCCCUCCACCCUACAGCCCUCCACCCUACAGCCCUCCAUCCUACAGCCCUCCAUCCUACAGCCGUCCACCCUACAGCCCUCCACCCUACAGCCCUCCACCCUACAGCCCUCCACCCUACAGCCCUCCACCCUACAGCCCUGCAUCCUACAGCCCUGCACCCUACAGCCCUCCACCCUACAGCCCUCUACCCUACAGCCCUCUACCCUACAGCCCUCCACCCUACAGCCCUCCACCCUACAGCCCUCCACCCUACAGCUCACCACCCUACAGCCCUCCAUCCUACAGCUCACCACCCUACAGCCCUCCAUCCUACAGCCCUCCAUCCUACAGCCCUCCAUCCUACAGCCCUCCACCCUACAGCCCUCCACCCUACAGCCCUCCACCCUACAGCCCUCCACCCUACAGCCCUCCACCCUACAGCCCUCCACCCUACAGCCCUCCACCCUACAGCUCACCACCCUACAGCCCUCCAUCCUACAGCUCACCACCCUACAGCCCUCCAUCCUACAGCCCUCCACCCUACAGCCCUCCAUCCUACAGCCCUCCACCCUACAGCCCUCCAUCCUACAGCCCUCCAUCCUACAGCCCUCCACCCUACAGCCCUCCACCCUACAGCCCUCCACCCUACAGCCCACCACCCUACAGCCCUCCAUCCUACAGCCCUCCAUCCUACAGCCCUCCAUCCUACAGCCCUCCACCCUACAGCCCUCCACCCUACAGCCCUCCACCCUACAGUCCUGCACCCUACAGUCCUGCACCCUACAGUCCUGCACCCUACAGUCCUGCACCCUACAGCCCUGCACCCUACAGCCCUGCACCCUACAGCCCUCCACCCUACAGCCCUCCACCCUACAGCCCUCCACCCUACAGCCCUCCACCCUACAGCCCUCCACCCUACAGCCCUCCACCCUACAGCCCUCCAUCCUACAGCCCUCCAUCCUACAGCCGUCCACCCUACAGCCCUCCACCCUACAGCCCUCCACCCUACAGCCCUCCACCCUACAGCCCUGCAUCCUACAGCCCUGCACCCUACAGCCCUCCACCCUACAGCCCUCUACCCUACAGCCCUCACCCUACAGCCCUCCACCCUACAGCCCUCCACCCUACAGCCCUCCACCCUACAGCCCUCCACCCUACAGCCCUCCACCCUACAGCCCUCCAUCCUACAGCCCUCCACCCUACCCUACAGCCCUCCACCCUACAGCCCUCCACCCUACAGCCCUCCACCCUACAGCCCUCCACCCUACAGCCCUCCACCCUACAGCCCUCCACCCUACAGCCCUCCAUCCUACAGCCCUCCACCCUACAGCCCUCCACCCUACAGCCCUCCACCCUACAGCCCUCCACCCUACAGUCCCCUACAGUCCUGCACCCUACAGUCCCCACCCUACAGCCCUGCACCCUACAGCCCCCACCCUACAGCCCUCCACCCUACAGCCCUCCACCCUACAGCCCUCCACCCUACAGCCCUCCACCCUACAGCCCUCCACCCUACAGCCCUCCACCCUACAGCCCUCCAUCCUACAGCCCUCCAUCCUACAGCCCUCCACCCUACAGCCCUCCACCCUACAGCCCUCCACCCUACAGCCCUCCACCCUACAGCCCUCCACCCUACAGCCCUCCACCCUACAGCCCUCCACCCUACAGCCCUCCACCCUACAGCCCUCCACCCUACAGCCCUCCACCCUACAGCCCUCCACCCUACAGCUCACCACCCUACAGCCCUCCACCCUACAGCCCUCCACCCUACAGCCCUCCACCCUACAGCCCUCCACCCUACAGCCCUCCACCCUACAGCCCUCCACCCUACAUCACCACCCUACAGCCCUCCACCCUACAGCCCUCCAUCCUACAGCCCUCCACCCUACAGCCCUCCAUCCUACAGCCCUCCAUCCUACAGCCCUCCACCCUACAGCCCUCCACCCUACAGCCCUCCACCCUACAGCCCUCCACCCUACAGCCCUCCACCCUACAGCCCUCCACCCUACAGCCCUCCACCCUACAGCCCUCUACCCUACAGCCCUCCGCCCUACAGCCCUCUACCCUACAGCCCUCCACCCUACAGCCCUCCACCCUACAGCUCACCACCCUACAGCCCUCCAUCCUACAGCCCUCCACCCUACAGCUCACCACCCUACAGCCCUGCAUCCUACAGCCCUCCACCCUACAGCCCUCCACCCUACAGCCCUCCACCCUACAGCCCUCCACCCUACAGCCCUUCACCCUACAGCCCUCCACCCUACAGCCCUCCACCCUACAGCCCUCCACCCUACAGCCCUCCACCCUACAGCCCUCUACCCUACAGUCCUGCACCCUACAGUCCUGCACCCUACAGUCCUGCACCCUACAGUCCUGCACCCUACAGUCCUGCACCCUACAGUCCUGCACCCUACAGCCCUCCACCCUACAGUCCUGCACCCUACAGUCCUGCACCCUACAGUCCUGCACCCUACAGUCCUGCACCCUACAGUCCUGCACCCUACAGUCCUGCACCCUACAGUCCUCGCCGGUGGACUGA